AAUUUUUUUUGUCUAGUUUUGGAGUACCAUCCAGGGGGAAUACUCGUACUGUACUAACAUACAGUGAUAUGUUAGCCAACAGUACUAAUCUUUUAAACCCUAACGUUUUUUCUGACUCAUUGGUUUGACAGGUUGCAGCAAGUCAUAGCAGCAGCAGGGCCGGCUGUGUUUAACGGUGAAUGGAGGAUGAGCAGCCCAGGACCGAGCAGCGGAACACCCAACCCAACUGACCUCUUUGACGAUUUAUGGAGGCAGCUCAGAGAGAGCCAUCAUAAUGCACUUCAAGAACUGGAGGAAAAAGUGAGCAAGUUGAAGAAGGAGCGCUAUUUAGAUGCUCAGAGUCUUGAGGUGUUUCACCUUCGUACCCAGCAGCUAAAGGAGCAAAACAAAACCCUGCAGGAUGCCGUCAGUCGCCUGCAGGAAAGGCUCUGUAUGGGAGAGUGUGAUCGAUGCGCCAUCUUAGAGGAGGACCUAAAAAAUAACCAGGAUCAGAAUUUGCGUCUCAUUGCCAAACUGAAGAAUGAAAGAGGGAGCCUCGAGGAUGAAAACAGAAAACUACAUGCUGAACUCCAAAAAGUAAAGAUGUCUCGCUUAGAGCCCCAGCAGGCCUCAUCCUCGGAACAAGAAGACAGCAUCAUCCCAGACUCGCCAAUCCUGACGAGCUCGCUGCCUGUUGCAAACAAACUGAAGAAACGAAAAGAUAUCAACAAAAUGAAGCACGUUCGUUAUGCAGAGAUGCCUCUACCAAACAAGUCGCUCUUCAUUGUUCUGGAUGAGGAGCCUGUUGACGCUACAAAGAAUCCUGGAAGAGCACAAAUGCUUGUACCCAACACAUGUGAAUUGGACACAUCCCAAAUCUCAAAUGAUGUGAAUCUAAACCUGGAAGAAGCGAUAGCAGAAACCUGUGGCCUUGAACUUAUUGGCGAGCCUCACGUGAAGACCGAGACGACGGCAGGUCAGCAGAGCAGCUCAAAACCUUCCAGGAAGCAUGGCUUUCGUUUAAAACCUUACCGCUCAUCCCUUUUAUCAACGCUGUUCCGCGGUCCAGACACGGCCACAGAAAAGUCCCCAUCACUUCUCCAAAGUGUCAAAAGGUUCUCAGGGGAGGGCUCCAAUAACAAAACAAAACGGAAGAAAGAGGAAAGUGAGCCGGAGGUGCAAGGAAUCGAGGAAGGGGUGGACAAACAGAAGGAAGGCAAACACGUACAACCUGAACUGACCAAACAAAGCUCCACACCUUUAAGCAAUCAAGGCUUGAAGAAGUGGCUGGUGGACAGCAAGGAUCAGUCAGCACAAAAUGGGACCUCCAACCAAAGACCAAAUGUGUCCUCUAUAAGUGCUGCUUUUAAGAAGCUAUAUGAUAGAGAAGCAAACAAGGAUGGUGUCGGGAAGAAAGGAACCCCCCAGCAGGAUCUGGACGCCUCACAUGACCGACACAAAGGAAAGGAAGCUGGAACGUGGCUCAAAGUGGAGCCCAUGUGGAGCAUUGACCCUGCGCUCGCCCUGUCCAUGUUCGACAGUGAGGGGAGAGGAGACGAGCAAAAGGAAGAAGAAGAAGAAGAAGAAGAGUGUCAUGGAGAAUUAGUAGAUUCCGACCGCACUUGGGUCAGUCACAGCCUCCUCCAGUGUCGGGGAGAAAACGUCCGGGACAGAAGGGACAGUGUGUCUGGACUGGGAGAGAAGGCGAACGACAGUUUGGAUAUGAUGUUUGACACAACAGCUUACGGGGAGUACAAGUCUUGCAACAAUUCACACUUGGGCCAGAGCCAGUCGUGUGGUGAUGAUGAAGCAGGAGAAGAGGACGACGAUCAACAAGAUCCUCAUGAAAACACGAUGAGCCAAAGUUACGGGCACAAGGCACGACGUUCAACAUUCGCACACAUGGCUGUGGUUCGCAAGAAAGACGAGAGAAGAAAACUGAAGGGCGCUACCUGUAAGGAAUGUGAAAUUUAUUACGCCCAUCUUCCGGAAGAGGCAAAGCAGAAAAAGUUAUCUGCGUGCUCGAGGCACCGGUUUUUAUAUAUUCCUCCUAAUACUCCUGAAAACUUCUGGGAAGUUGGAUUCCCAUCGACUCAGACAUGCAUUGAAAGAGGUUAUAUCAAGGAAGAGCAGAAUCCUCAGGCACGUACUCGGAGAAGACAACCAUUCAAUGCUUUAUUCUCCCCGAAGCAAAACCAGCAGGAGAGCUAAAAAAAAAGUGUGUUUUUGAAAGAAGAGCUAUUUGAAAUGGCCAUUUACAGUUUAUAAAGAGCAGGCUUGUCACUGUGUUAAAACUGCACUGUGUACAAUGAAUCUCUGUUUUAACCCUCGUUAAGAAUGUUGACCUCUAGUCGUCUUAUUUUCAGUUUCAUGUCUAUAAUGUCGAUGUUCUUUAUGUAUGUGUAGACUGUUUGACUGCUUUGUGUUUAGGUAAGAUCUUCUAGAUUGUGUGUUUGGAUAAAUAAAAAUAACUGUCUAUGGAGCGAUGUAAAUGACCUGAGAAAUCCACUCUGCUUUACUUCGACUGCUGCAGCGCCUCAUUCAGGGAGAUGUCACUGUGGGUUGCAAAAUGACAGCACACAGCAAGUACAAUGUGUUCAAAAAUCAAAUUUUAUUUGGUCAGAUUGUCAGCGCAAAAAUAAAAACAUUUUCUAGGUAAAAAGAAUCUCUUCAGCGUGCAAGCUGUGGGUUAAUCCGGAGAGCUGCGACUAUGUCAUCCCAGCUGAGAGUCUCUGUGAGAGUACACCAGCAGGGCCUCUCCGACAUGACUGGUCACCACACUGCAACCAAACAGAGGAAAAGAAACCGUAGAAGUCAUUCAUGGUUUGAUAAUAACCGAUCUACACAUCUCAGUACCUAGGAUCACUUACCAAAUCAGAGAUGAAGCAUUCAUGUCCAUGUAGAAAAUGAACGGGGAGAGGGACAUGGCAGUAAUCUGGAAGGAGGUCAAACAUUUCAAACACAUCACUCAGUCCUUUGAUUGUGGGAAUUAUGAUGAGUGAUGUCUUUGGAUACAAGUUUCUGUCAAGUGCACCAUUUUUUUAAAUUUAAUAUACUAUAUUGAUCCCUUUAAGGAGGAAAUUUGUCUCUGCAUUUGAC